AUGUGUCUCAGCAAGUUUGUAAUUAAGUGUGGGAACUUUGCUGUCCUGGUGGAUCUUCAGGUCCUGCCCCUGGGCUCUGCUUGGGACUUCAGUUGGUGGGCUGAGAAACACAAGGAGGUGAGUGUCCUGGUGCAAGAGGUGGUGGAAGAGAGGGUCAGGCUCUUCCAGGGGGCAAGACACCAGAAAGGACCACAGAAGCACAGGAAAGAGCUUUGUCCUGCUAGUCCUGUGAUUAUCAAAGGGGAGCAGCUUCAUCUGGCAGCUUACUUCCUGAAGCGGCACGUCAACCUGAGGUGCAUUACGAGGCGGCAACACGGCGAGCUGCGUGUAUUUCCAGAACGCUUAGUGGUGCGUGCGAGUUUUCCAGAAGAUGAAGAGGAGUUGAGCAGAAAGGAGAACCUGGCUGAAGUGGUGGAGAGUAGACAAAGCAAGUCAAAGUAUUUCGCCUGGUCAUGUGAGGGUGGAGAGCCAUUAAACAGCUCGACAGUAACGAAGAGGAACACCCUUCAGAAGAUUGUCAAGCAGGCGCAUGCCCAGCACCGCAGCAAGGCCCCUGGAUGCGAAGACCCGUGGGGAAAGCCAGCCCACAGUACUCCCACGCUAAAGGGGACUGGGUUCGAGGAACAGGACAAGCAGUUGCUCCCUUUGGGAGUGGCGGAGCCCAGGGUUCAGAUGCCGGGUACAGGGGGAAUGAGUGGAGCUCAGCGCGAGGCCUCGCUUUCUCUGCCGGAGCCUGGAGGCACAGGCGCAGUUUGCGGGGCCCUCGGACCUGCCCCCCCUUCACCCCCGAGUGAGUCAGCACCGCCGCUAGCAAGGCUCGGCCAGGGAAAGGGCAAGAGGGGAAGGAGCAGCUCUCAGGAAGACAGGAUGGGUGCCAAGAGAGUGUGCCCUGGACGGUGUCCAGCCUCUCCUAGUGAGGUAAUAAUGAAAACAGACUUUGCAGAGUCCCUCACACAGGCAUCCGCAGCCCAGCCUCCGCUGGCACCCGAGCUGCACUUUGCAGCAGGAGCGGCCCAAACCAAGCUGGAAGGGGAGCUGCUUACUAGGGGAAAAUCGGGCCCGAAAGCCCCCCCGGCAAACAGCAACACAGAGCAGGCAGACCAGACAGAGUUGGAUGCAGGCGUGAAAGAGCUGUCUGUGAGGCCUGCAACCCCCUGUUCAUCUGUUCGCUCUAGAGCCUCAGACCGAAAGGAAGGGGAGGAGAAUGUGCUCAGAAAGUCAAGAUUAAGACGAGUGAAGAAGGCCUGAGGGCAGGGGGCGCUGGUGGGGACACAGGCAGUCGGUAAUGCACACAUUUGCAUCAAGGCAGUCGCCUUUGUAAGGCAUACUUUGAUUAAAUGUUUGAAUAAUUUGUUGUGCAUGUUCUUGAAAAGGCCCUUUGUCCCCAGAGGGCAUUUUGUUGGACUUUAAAAAAUGUGAGAGUCAGGGAACACAGGAUAAGAACAUUUUUAUCAUGAGCGUUUCACCCCUGUAAGAUUUCAGGAAUUGCUCUGAUGGGCUGGAGCUCAGGGUCUUCCUGACCUUUGGCUCUAAGAUGUCUUUAUCUGGAUUGCUGAGGUUUCUCCCCCCACUCCUCCUACUGUGGGAACGGUAUGGGGAUCUUCUGACUUCUCAAGAAUCCUCUCUGAGCAUCUUUGCUGUGGCUCUGAGUUCA